GUAAUGAAACCUGGCACCACAUUUGACAUUAUACCCAUGGUCAUGCCAGCUACAAAUCAGUGCUCCAUAUGUCUGGAGGAAAUGAAAGCCCCAAUCGGAAUGCUAGGUGGAUGUAAACACAUCUUCUGCUACGAUUGCAUCAAGAAGUGGUCUGAAGCUAAACGAACGUGUCCCAUUGACCGCACACCAUUUGACUCAAUCAAUAUACUACACGAAAUUGGUGGUGCAAUUGUGGAAGAAGAAAAGCUAGAACUACGGAGUUCGAAUCAAAGCAAUAGUUCUUAUGGAGAUGGUGACGACGUUGACGACUACGAUAUUAAUGACCUGAUCUCCCGUUUCUUUGGUACUUUGCUUGACUAUUCAUCGGACGAAGAAGACACCGACUACGACAAUGACCACUACGAUGACCAUAAUGAUGACGACGAUAACUACGUUGUCUUUAGAUUACUUGGCUUUUCGUCCGAUGACGAAGACACCGACGACGACGAUGACGAUGACAACGGCGUCGAUUACUCCGUUUCAUUGGCAGCCUCACCUAAUAGUCUGCUCCAUAGCGCCUCGCCUUCAAGAAUUUCGCAAUGCAUCUACUUAUGUUCACAGUGCCAGGGUUGUGUCCUAGAGGAAGAUAUGGUCAUGCCAGCUACAAAUCAGUGCUCCAUAUGUCUAGAGGAAAUGAAAGCCUCAAUCGGAAUGCUUGGUGGAUGUGAUCAUAUUUUCUGUUACGAUUGCAUCAAGAAGUGGUCUGAAGCUAAUCGAACGUGUCCUCUUGACCGCACACCAUUUGACUCUAUCAAUAUACUACACGAAAUUGGUGGUGCAAUUGUGGAAGAGGAAAAGAUAAAACCACUGGAAUUGGAUCAAAUCUAUAGUUCCACUAACGUUGGAAGGCAAAUAGAAGUCAAUCGUGGUGUUCCGAAUUUCAUUUGUCCACUAUGUCGAAAUAGGGAAAGACGGAUGAAUUGA